AUGUGCAGUCCCCGCUGUCGUAUCAACCUGCCCAGAUGCUUGCGGAUCUCGAGGCUCAAUGGCGAAACUGUGGAGGAGAUGUCCGAGGAGGUGAAGAACAUCGUCAACGACAGGCUGAACACCAAGCUGCCGCAACUGGAAGGCUAUACGCAAGCCCAAUGGGACGAGUGGUACCGCUCCCGGGGCAAGCGCUAUUCGAAGACGGAUGGGGAUGCAUGGAGCCGCUCCCGUCAGGCGUUGAAACAAGAUGGGGCUUCCUCCAGAGCGCGCUUCUGUGCACACCUGCUUGGGGAGCCCUUCGACACCUGCUUGCUCGACGAUGACGGCCAGAGCUUUCUCAACUGGCUUGUGGAGUGCGGCUUCCAGAAGGUCUUGCUGGACUGGUCGCACUUAAGUAGCAGUCCCAAGGUCAAGGAGCGGACGGAUGCUGAAGUGGAUCGCUGUGCACAGGGGCUUCUUAAGUUGAUGAACGAUUUCGAGCUCGUUUUCGUGCUUUCCAUACGCGAUAACGCUUACUCUAAUCGUCAGGGCGAACGGCUUCUCGAUCGCCUUCUUCGGGAAGCAAAGCCAGCAAAGAUACAGGUGCUGUACAACUCCUCGCGAGGAUUAGGCGAGAAGUCCACCGUCUACAAAUGCCCCGAAUCGCGUUAUCAGGACAGGGUGGUCGGAUAUGCCGGGGGUCUUGGUCCGGGAAAUGUCUUGCAGCAACUUCAUGAAAUGCGAUGGGUCGUACCACAAGGAAGGCAUGUAUUUAUUGAGGCCCAGUCGGGCGUCCGCGACAAGAAAAAGGACGAGUUUUCGAUCGACUUGUGCCGAGACUUUGCCGAGACGGUUGCCAAAAGCAGUUUCAACCCAGCGAAGGGCGGAGAGGUGUAUCCACAGUUUGAUGGCAGCUUAGUUCUUGGCGAUUCGGACACAAAGGUCUUGUACCCGGACACGGACUACGAGGUGACAGGCAUUGUGCAGUUGACAUUCUCAGUGAAGCCUGCUGGGACGGAGCAGACUGCUAAUGAUGCUAAUGUUUUCAUUGCAGGCUCCAUUGCUGAGAGGUACUUCGAGUUAGCUGACAUUGGCGGUGGGUUGCUGCCACCACAACUGACGAAUGACCGUCCAGGAGUGAAGAAAGCAUGCACUCCCUCUUCGCCAGUUUCUGCAGACAUCAUUCGCGACUACUUGCAGCCUCCACGCAGGAGUACCCUGAAGAUCGUGCGUUCGCCAGCUGCCAAUGGUCCACCUUAUCACGGCAACACUCCACUGGACUACUUGAAAAGGCUAUUGGAAUCACAUGCCUGGAUGAUCGCGAAAACGUGCCCAAAGAGGGAUGGGGAGCAUGCCACAGAAAUCUUGAAGAACUGGAGCCAGGGCCUUGUGGCAAGUAAUGAUGCUGGUGUUGGCGGUCAAGGCCAUAUGUCAGUGGCUUCUGCCGGAUUCGGAUCUCGGGCAGAGCCAAGGAAGGUUUUUCGAGGGAGUGAGAGGGACAGUUUGGCCGGAAGAGGCAUCGCCAUCGUGUCAAUUCCGGGUGCAGAUCCGGAGCUUUACAACACCGUGAUCCGCAUUUGCCUGGAGGACGGCAUGCAUUUUGCAGUUGUUUGGCUUUCAGAUUGGGGAGACGCUUGGUUUUAUGCCUGGCUGCGAAGUGUCACAGAUGCCUUGUUGCAUGGCUGUGUGCCUGUUGUUCUGACCUGGAGCGACGGAAAGAUCGGGCGUGCCCAAUCGGCGGAGGUCCUCGCUCUGGAGUUGCAGCCUCAGCAUUUACUCAACUCGGGUACCGCUUUCUGA